AUGCCGACCAUCGGAGGUGCGGGAGCUCGUCAUUUCCCCGGGGUCGAUGGGACCAUUUGUUCUUGUCUUGUAAGUCAAUUCAAGAUGUUUCGUCAAAGUGUCCGGCGGUUUGCCACUACGGCGGCUCGUGCUGCUGGCGAGGGGUCUACUGCAUACUGCACCCGGGUGUCAACAGCCCAGGGCGUUGUCAAUGGAUUGACCGAGGCGAUUGGCAAUACCCCGCUUAUCCGACUGAAGAAGCUGUCUGAGCAGACUGGCUGCAAUAUUCUUGGCAAGGCAGAAUUCCAAAACCCCGGAGGUAGCGUGAAGGACCGAGCAGCGCUCUUCGUGGUCAAAGAUGCAGAGGAGAAGGGACUCCUGAAACCAGGUGGCACCGUGGUUGAGGGAACGGCCGGAAACACUGGAAUUGGACUGGCGCAUGUAUGCCGGUCCAAGGGCUACAAGCUCGUGAUCUAUAUGCCAAACACCCAGUCGCAGGGCAAGAUUGACUUGCUCCGUCUACUGGGCGCAGAGGUAUACCCGGUCCCCGCUGUGGCCUUCGACAACCCCCAGAACUACAACCACCAGGCGCGCCGGCACGCCGAGUCAUUGGACAAUGCAGUCUGGACCAACCAGUUCGACAACAUUGCCAACCGUCAAGCACACAUUGAUACUACCGGACCGGAGAUCUGGGCACAGACCGAGGGCAAGAUCGACGCCUUUACAUGCGCUACCGGAACCGGAGGUACCCUGGCUGGUACUACCCGCUAUCUGAAGACUGUCAGUGACGGACGUGUCAAGAGCUUCCUCGCCGAUCCUCCGGGCAGUGUUCUCCACAGCUACAUCCAAAGUGGUGGUACCCUGAUCGACCGCUCUGGCAGCAGUAUCACUGAGGGUAUCGGCCAGGGCCGUGUGACAGAUAACCUUCAGCCCGAUAUUGACUUGCUGGAUGGCUCUGUGAACAUCAGUGAUGAAAAGACCAUCGAGAUGGUUUACCGCUGCCUGGAUGAGGAGGGUCUGUACCUUGGUGCCAGUUCCGCGAUGAACGUGGUGGCCGCUAAGGAGGUUGCCGAGAAGUUGGGCAAGGGUAACACCGUUGUGACCAUUCUCUGUGACGGUGCUUAUCGUUAUGCGGAUCGCUUGUUUUCCAGCACCUGGCUGGAGAGCAAGAACCUGCGUGGUUCCAUUCCCAAGCACCUGGAGAAGUAUAUUGUGCUGCCUUAG